UAAUAAAUUCACGAAAACUCAAAAUGGCCAAGAUUUUUCUUGAUUUUUAGUCAUAUUUUACCACAUAAACAACUAUUUAGAAAUUUCUUAGGCCUUCUUUAACAUUCUUUCAAGCUGACCAGCGCAAAAUCAUCAUGAAUCGUGCGGAAACAAGGAAAAAACAGCCUAUGAAACCUAGUCCCAACAUAAAUGCAAGCCGCAGGAGCAGUCACAGCUUCAGCAGCCGCAGGACUGUUGGUGCUGCAUCUCGCAGUAACUUGUUUGCUUCAACAAGCAGAAAAAGUGUGAUCAUAGACUCAAGCAAACUUGAGAAGAUCCAUCACAAACCUCCUGUUCAGGUGUUUGAUGAAUUGGGUCAAGAUGUUACUCCUAGAAGUUUACUAUUUCUUGAUCAAGCAGCAGUGAAGAGAAAUCAAAGCAAUACAUUCUUUGAUGCAAGUGCAUCUAUAGCAACUCCCUCAGAAGUUAGCCAGUCAUUCUAUGCAGCCAGCACAGCCAGUAUGUACGGUGGAUUGACAAGGUCAGUGUUUGGGUCAGUGUCUGGUCGAUCAUCACCUGAAUCAAUUAGUGAAGACUUAACAGAACCUAGCAGCAGUUUUCAUGACAGGUUUUCAUCAAAUCUUGGAGACAUUCAAACUCACACAACGUUUAUCAAAGAAGAAAUUACAGAGGAAGAUCUUGAUAAGCCUGUUCACCUUACUUUAACUGAAACUGAUACCAUCUGGUUGCUGGACCUGCCAGGAACAUACAUGGCAGAGGAUCAUGAUAACGCAGUCAAGGAAAAGGAAAAAAUACAAAAAUAUGAAGAGCUCCUAAAGAACCGUGCUGGUAAUGACAUGUAUGUGGAACGAGGAAUGCAGACCUUUAACGAUGCACCAAAAAGUAAAGAAGUCCAGACAGACAAAGUUGAAUUGUUGGAAAUUGGUUGCAUGGCAACAAACUGGGAUAUGUAUGAUACCCUUGAUGCUGCUGUAUCUGGACAAGAAGGACUAAAGUCUGUAUCUUCAGAGAAGUUUGAAAGUUUGAGUAGACCAGCAAGUGGUGAAAAGACAAGUUCUUAUGGUGAUAGUGAUAGUGUUGGAACAGGUUCUAUAAGGCCUACUAGUGCUGCUUCUGGGAGCAUUACAGGUAGCAGAGCCAGUAUGUUUACAAUGAAGAGUGGUUCCUUGGAUGAAAUGCCUUCAGGMGAAGAAAAAGAUGAAAAGACAUCUGAAGAAGUUUCAGAAAGUGACAAGGAAAGAAUUCUUGGGUCUGACAACAUGAAAGCAAGUCUGUUUGUGAUGGAAAGAGCUAUUGCRCAAAAUGUUUACCARUCRAGGCAAGCUCAGUUCAGAGCCUUAGAMGUUCUGCCAGAUAUUGAUGCUGAAACUGAAGAAGAAGAAUCCACCAAUGUCACUCUAGCCCAGCUAGGACCUAGACUUAAUAAACUCUGGUCAUACUCAUGUAACUUGACAAAAGGACGAAAUGUUAGCUGUACUGCUUGGAAUAAACUAAAUCUGGAUAUCUUUGCUGUUGGCUAUGGUGAGUUUUCGUACUCGGAGCAGAAAGGUGGUCUGGCCUGUUGCUGGAGUAUAAAAAAUCCUGAGUAUCCUGAAAGAGUUUUUCAUCUUAAUAGUGGUGUGACAGCUUUGGAUUUUUCUGCUGCACAUCCUAAUCUGCUUGCUGUUGGUUUGUAUGAUGGUACAAUAGCUAUAUACAAYGURCGUAGUUCUGAAGAUUCGCCAGCCUUGGAUAGCUUUGAGUGUCAAGGCAAGCACACCUCACCAGUUUGGCAGCUUCAAUGGGUAGACCGUGACCAAGGCGCAGGGGAUGAGAGAGAUGAAAUACUUGUCUCAAUCUCUGCCGAUGGCCGAGUAACAAAAUGGUCCAUCAGAAAAGGGUUUGAAAGUGCAGACUUGAUAAAACUAAAAMGAGUCAACAUCACCAAACACAGCAAGGCUGGUGGUGGAGCAGGAGGGAAGAAGAGUGAUGCUCUUAUCUCAAGAUUUGCUCCAGGCUUCUGCUUUGAUUUCAAUACUAAUGAUGCAAAUAUUUAUUUGGCUGGCACUGAAGAGGGACAUAUCCACAAGUGUUCAUGCUCUUACAAUGAACAGUACCUAGAAAGCUUUUAUGGACAUACGGGACCUAUUUACAAAGUCAAGUGGUCGCCACUGUUUCCUGAUGCCUUUCUCAGUUGUAGUGCUGACUGGAGCGUGAGACUAUGGCAUCAGGAAAAACCAAAUCCAGUCAUGACAUUUUUGUCAUCUACAAAAUCUGUAAAUGACAUAAGCUGGUCUCCUGGUUGUGCUACACUAUUUGCUUGUGUUAGUGAUCGAGCAAUCGAAGUCUGGGAUUUAAAAAUCAACACUCUUGACCCUAUAGUGUCCUACGUGCCAGUGCAAAACUUCAAACUCUCUACAAUUUCAUUUACAUUGAAUACAACGAUUCAAACAAUACUGGUCGGAGACUCUGAAGGUCAGGUGACAGUUUAUCAGCUGCGAGGCAUGUCACCAGGUGUUGACAAAGAGGUGUCCAUGUUAUCUAAAAUCAUAAAUUUUGUCAGUCAACCAAAGGAAUCUGGAUCACCAUCAAAACAAAAAAAUAAUGAAGACGAUGACUUUGACUAGCAUACAGGAUCAUGCAAAAACAACCAGAACGGUGUUUUUAUUUUAGUAUGUUUUACUAAAAUCUCACUUAAUCACAUUUAUGGUACAAGAAAAAAAAAAAUAGAAAAAAUGGUGUAUAUAUAAGAUAUAGUUCAUAUACAUUGUUAAAGUGUAUUAUUAUAAUUUAUUAUUUUGUCAAUAAAAUGAAACAAGAAC